AUGUUGCACGAAUGCGAAUUAUCUUCGAGAAAGGAAAUUUUACAUUGUCGACACGUCCAUCUAAACAUUUCUAAAUCAAAUAACGAAACAUUAUCUGUAGAAAUUUCAGUUAAUUCGUUCGAUAAUAAUCCAUCGGAGAAUAAUGAAGUCUCGGCGAAUAAGAUCGAGUGGAAUUGCGAAUCAGAUUUCGAAUGUACGGCCAAAGGCAGCGUUUGUAAAAAUGCACAAUGUCAGUGCACGUCUGGUUACGUUUUUAACAAUGAUAUGAGUUCCUGUUUACCAGUUGCUAAUAAUUACGGCGACAAGUGCAACGAGACAAUACAGUGUUCGAGAUAUCUUUUCAUUGGUGGACAGUGCAUCGAAAACGCAUGCGUCUGCGGUCACGGAUUUCAUUACCUGCAUGGUAGAUGUUACAAGACAAUAGAACUUGGCGAGAAAUGUAAAACUAACGACGACUGUCACAUAAACAAUGAAUUUGGAUCUACCGUCUGCGAUAAUGGAAUUUGUAAAUGUCGUGAUGGAUUCUACCAACGAGAAUAUCGUUCCUGUCGCAAGAAAGCAAAUCUCGGCGAGGAAUGUUUAGUGGACAUCGAUUGUAAAUUUAAUGAAGGUGCUUACUGCAAUAAUAAAUGUACUAUUGAUCAAGAGAAAAGUUAUAAUAUAAAACCGCAAACUAUCUACAAUUUAUUUUAUACAAAAUUUGCUAAUGAAAACGAUCCGACGACCGAGCUAAAUGAUUGUACAAAAAAUUCCGAUUGUGAGAUUCACGAGAAUGCAAUAUGUGGUAGUCGAGGAAAAUGCAUCUGUAAACGCGCAUAUUAUGUAUCUUCUUCGAAUAAUAAAAUCAAAAUAUGCGUUCCAGAACUCGGUCAACCUUGCGAAAAUAAAAAUUCAACUAACCCAAAUAUAAUUUGUAAAAAUGAUACAUGGAGUUGCAAAUAUAAAAUGCUACCAUCAAAGAAUAAUCAAGAAUGUCUGAAAGCUACGAGAAAAUAUAAUACGUCUUGCCUACGGGACGGACAAUGUUCCAUUUUUGGUCCUGACGCGAUUUGCAAGAAGAAAAGGUGUAUAUGUAACGAUGAAAGAUCACAUUUCGUCGAAGAAUUACAAUUUUGUUGGACGAAUAAAGGAAUAAACGAUACAUGUAAAACUAACGAAGAUUGUUAUGUUAAAGAAUUUAACGGUACCCUCGUUUGUACGAAUAAUAAUUGUAAUUGUCCUGAAGGAACACAUUUGAACUCCGACGAAACUACGUGUAUAAAUAUUAACGCUGAAUUGGGAAUGAUAUGCGAAUCCGACGAACAUUGUAAAAUAUCGAAUUCUAUAUGCGUCAAUAACAUAUGCGUUUGCAAUAACAAUUAUUACGAGUUUGACAAACAAUGUUAUGCAGGUGUAAACGCAACGUGCACUUCGAAUAAUCACUGUAAACCAAAUCAUACUUUUUGUUCAUCCGGAAUAUGUACUUGCGAAGAAGGUUACAUCGGCUCAUCGACAUCUACCUGUUUGCCAACGGCACAAUACGGAGAAGAAUGUUCGGAGGAUAUACAAUGUAACGCUGUAACACCAAAUUCGAUUUGUUCCUGGAAUCCGAAUUAUACAAACUCAUCGAUUAAAUCUUGCAUCUGUGGCGACGAUCGUUACUUCAGAUUAUCCAAUUGCCCGAAAAAGAAACUUCUCGGCGAAUCCUGCACGUCGUACGACGAGUGCUACUUAGAUUCCAAUCAGAACCGAGCUAUUUGCAUGAAAGGUUUGUGUAGGUGCAACUGGCAAUACGUGCAGGUCGACGACACCAAAUGUCUCGAGAACAAUUUGAAAAACCGAAUUGCGAUGACGGGCGGUGCAAUCGAAACCUUCUCAAGGUCGUACUUACCAAUCCUGUCAAUCAGUCUGAUACUCCUCGACCUAAUUCGAUGAGCAUGAUCGUUCCUCGAGGAGUCUUCAAUUAUUCAAACCUGAAGUGCGAGAGCGUGUUAACGUUGAUCGACGAGGAGCCAACGAAUUAGCCAAUAGAAUCGAUAUAAUCGUAGUGAUUGAUCUAAACUUUGUUAGCUGAUAGGGUUUAAAAAAAAAAGAAAAAAAGUAUUAUAUCAUAGAUCGAGACUAAACGAUUUUUUUAGUAAUUAGUAUACUUUGCGAGUAAAGUAUAAGACUGUUAAAUAAAAUAAACCGAUGAAUAAGACAAUUUUACA